AUGACAAUUUUCGCCACACACGUACUUGUGCCAACUGCGGACAUGGUCCUCAUCGAUGCCAGAGCUACGACACCUGCUCCGCAAGAAACCUUUAUUGCUACAACUGUGGUCGCAGGGGUCACCUUGGCCGCGUAUGCAGAAGCAUACGUCGGGACUACCAGCGAUCGCGAUACAAUCUUUGGAACGCCGAUACAGUUCCUGCUCGACACCGGGUCAUCCGUCUCAAUAAUGGACAAAGCCACGUUCAUGCAAUGGUUUGCGCGAGAUGCCCUCGUCAUACCACCACCGGUGACGCUACUGAAUUAUUCGCGCCAGCCCAUUAAUAUCAUGGGAGCCUUCAAGGCAAUGGUGGUAUUCAAGCAGCGUCGCUCGCAAGUACUAUUCUACAUUGCAGACCAAGGCACAUCAUUGUUAGGCAUGGACGCCGUCGUGGCACUCGACAUCAAAAUGAGCGGAGCAACGCGGACUUGUUUCUAUACUGCGACCAGUGACACCGGGCAAAAAGUGGCGAGUUUCUUUACCAUGAGCAUUUCCAAGAAGGGUCCUGCGACCACUCUCAUCGACGGCGAGGUGUGUUCGAUUGUAUUUGAUCCCUUGCACUAUAUUCAAGCGCAGGAGUUUGAACCUGAAGAAGGGGACGUUAUUCAGGUGUCGUACCCCAGAACAGGCACUCAUUUGGUUCAGCAAAUGAUCCAGCUCAUUGUGAACAGAGGUCAGUCGGCGCGGACACUGGCCGAGUUCACGCAAAGAUCCCCAUUCCUGGAGAUACAUGGACCCCGAGAGACAUCAGACGCUCCUAGACUCCUACGGACGCACCUGCCGAUGAACAGACUGCGGCUCAGCGGAAAGGCGAAAUACGUUUAUGUUGCCAGAAACCCCUGGGAUUGCUGCGUGUCCAACUUCCACAUGAUGCAGGAUCUUCCGGCGUUCCGUUUCGCCGACGGAAGUUUCGAAGACUUCCUAAACGCGUUUCUCGAUGGACAGUCCGGCUUCGGGGACUAUUUCAACCACGUCAUCUCGGGUCACGGCCGCAGACAAGAUGCGAAUGUGUUUUUCGUGACAUACGAAGAGAUUGUCAAGGACAGGGCUAGCGUUGUUCUGAAGUUGGCAGACUUCUUGGGCAAAGGUUACGGCGAAGCUUUGCGGAGUAACGGCAGAUUUAUGGAGCUCAUUGUGGAGAGAAGCGGUGUCGACUUUAUGAGGGAUGUAUUUGAGUGCACCUUGGGUGAGUUUUCCCAAGUAUUCGGGCGCGGGUUAGUUCCGGAGGAUUUCGUAGCCGAGAGGAUUAACGCUACAAAAAAGGGGAGAUACAACCUUGUCCGAAAAGGAGCAGUAGGUGACUGGAGAUCGUACUUCUCGCAAGAAAAUAUGCUAAAAAUGCAGAUGAAGUUUGACGAUACAUUUAAGGGUACUGACAUUAUGAGUCUUUGGAUGCGUGAGGGAAUUUGUGAUUCCCUUUAAUUCUUAUCUCGUUUCCUGAGUCUCUGGUUGCUCUUUAUCACUGUAUCUUGCUAACAACGUAAAAAAAAGACUUACGACUAGAGGUGUUGACUUUUUGUUUAAUUGUCGGUCGCGUCAUUAUAAUGUUUUUGGGCUUCUGUUUGAAACUUAGAACUGAUUUUCGCUGUAGUGAUCAGACAACCUAGAAAAUACCAGAUGUUUCUAUCAAUUGUUCUAUAACGACAUUGAUGAAUCCAAUAAAAUAUUCCUCCUAUCAA